GGGUAUGUAUUUCUAUUUCGUCGUCUGCAUUAAAGGCCAAGUGACAGCUCGAACUAUAUUGUUGACAUUCGUAUGAAAAUUACGCUACCGCGUCGUACUUACGAAAAAUGUAAUUUUAUAUAUUAUUAAGAUCGAGAUAUACAAGUGGACUUUCUCUUUUUUUUUUCAUUGAUAUAAAAACUUUAAUUAAACGAUAUUGGUGAAUUAUUGUGUAUACAUAAGAAGGAAACUCCGAAUUAAAUGAUAAUCGGUGUUUGAGGAGUAUAAUUACAUUGGGCUAAUAGAUUUGAAGCGCUUAGCGAUUACGAUUAAAGUGGUACCUAUAAACCCUUCGAGCUGUUCCAUAUUGAUUAGUAUCUUUUAGUAGUUCUAACAAUGACUGCUUAUUGGAAAACUCUGUUCAAGCACCGUCGUAAACGUUGUUCUCAGUAGUACGUUCUCGACAGUGAACGAUAAAGUGCGUGCGUAAAAGUGAAUCAAUCCGUAUGGUAUUACGCGCAGUUACUACGGCGUCACUUUCUAAAAAGAAAAUAUUAAUUUUUUUUAUUGAUAAUCAAUUUUUUUAAUGGUCUUGAUGUAUAUUUAUAAAUCCGUGUAAAAAAAAUCAAACAUAGCGCGCAGAAAAUUCACGACACGGUGAAACCUACGUUCAACGUAAAAGCGUUGCCAUUAAGGGUGUCCAUGGUGUUUUUGCAUCCGAUUUCACGCCCCUCUCGUGAAAUAGGAAAAUAGAAACUGACGAUUGUUUUCGCGAAUUAGGAUUAUCGUUGGUGACUAGUUUAGCGAUUGAUCUGUUCGGUAUUUCAUUAAAGAUUCGAGGUCCAGUGAGGGGGGAUCGAUCAGUGGUCCCGGGUGUAUGUGGUAACGGAAACAACGCGAUCGAUUCGAAUCGGUGAAAUUGUAAAAACGUGGUGAAACGAACAAAGAGAAAGACGGUUUCGGAAUGACCUGUGGCGGUGGCAAGAUCUCGUUAGAAAUAUCGGGCGGGGAGGAGGAGGCAUGGAAGCUGAAGCUGGUCGGCAGUCUCACCAUCAGGGGCUGCAGCUUACCCUGCCAUCCCCGGGAAUCCCCGGACUAGACGUUGUCAGGGCCUUGCAUCAGACUGUGAUAUCGCUGCGCUCCGCGCUGGAUUCUUCGCGGGAAGAGCUUCGCCGUCUUAAGCAGAGCGUUGGUGAUUUUUCUGGCGAGAGCUACGUUGACGUCGUCGAGAGGCUCGCUCUUGAGAAUCACGUCCUUAGGCGAAAGAUUCUAAGCAGGAAUAGUGAGUUUUCUAGUGAUGCUGCCACAAGCCCGCCGCCCCAGGCCCGUCUUUUUUCACUCGCAGUAGAAGACGUCAAAGAUCUGUCAGAGCAAGCAGGCGUACUCAUGGACGCGUCCAGGGACAAAGUCGACACGGAGGACAUGGCAGAGGCACCUAAGCCGGUCAUCGAGCCUCGUACCGAUAGCAACACCAGUGGUAACGGCGAGAUUCCCGAUCCGCAGUCUCGUACGGUCGAGAAAGUGCCUAACAGUCAUGUAGAAUCCUCGUCCAAAUCGGAAUCCAGGAAUCAGACGUCGAAGUGUACGAUGUCGAGAGACGCGACUGUUGUUAAACCUCAGGCUGGAAUAUCUGGUGCCAGUUUGGACGAUACGGUGAAGAGUGGGACUUCGAACGACCUGGCUUCCGCCUUGACGAAUAGACGAUCCAAGGACGUCGAGGCGGAAGAUGGGAGCGCGGCGCAGGUCGAUCACUUGGAGGUGCCAGAGAAGGAUCUCGAGGAUCUGAGCUUGAAAUCUGUUUCCGACGGAGACAAUUCGGUGUUUAGCGAUAAUCCGGACACGCAAGUGUUGCAGCAGCAUCAACGUCAGAAUCAAUUGGCCGACCAGCCGAAGCCGAACGAUCAAUCCGAGAACGAGUCCGAGGAGUUGGACGAUAUCGAGCUGAUAUUCACCACGGACGAUACUUGUCGCGAUCUUGGUCUUCAGGAAGAUCUCGUCUCCAUAACCGAGACCGAAACUUGGCCACAGUCUGCGCCUACCGGUCAACCGGCAUUGUUGAAGUACGCUAAAUCAGCCGAGGGCGAGUCCUUGGUGUGCAAUGGUGAGAAGACCAGCUCCGUCGAGGAAGCGGUUUCUUCGCAAAGCUCGAGCAUCGAUCGCGAGGAAAGCGUGGAUAGGUUCGACGAAAGUUCUAGCACCAGGUUGAACAAAAUAUGGUCUCAGUGCUCGGUGCUGGUCGAAACAGAUAUCAGCAAGUGUGGAGUUGUCGAAGAACCUGAGCAUGCUACCAGACACGCGGUCAGGAGGAACACUUUAGCCGCGCCACCUACUGCAUACAGACCGAUCAUUCAUCGCGAAGCUUUAGCGGGUAGUCGACGAAAGAGCGCGGCACCAUUGAGACCGGUGAUGGACAGAAUCAGCGGAGCAAGACGAGAGUCUGGUGCCCAAACUGACAUUUCUGCGCUUCCAGCCCACUGGCGUUCCGAGAGUUAUCUCGCGCACAAAGUGGCUCAUACGUUCACCACGUUGCCCAGCAAGUUCGCUCUGCCUACCGGGGUGCCUGGAAGACUUCGACUGUCCGACAAAACCCGGGAAGCUAGAAGAGUAAUGCUAUCGGACAUCAGCUUCACCAGCAUGGUGCCAGAGUUGUCCAGAAGCGCCGAUCAUCUCUGCCACGACCCACACGCACAGACUUGUUUCAGUUCUCGCGGCUGUGGCCUUCGAACACCGGACGUGCAUCGCCGCGAAUCGCUCGGCUCUCCUGCAGGAUUUUGGCCUCGUUGCAACCCCAGCACAGGACUUCCGAGUCCGUGCGAUUGUCGCCUCUCCACCGACUUUUACUCCUCUCGAUAUCGUGGCUCUUUGUCCUCGAUCCCGUCGCCUGGAUUGGAGGUUGUCGGUGGCCCAUCUCGAAGACACUCGUGGAGAGCAAACGCGACGUCCUUCGAUACCUGGAGAGUUCCGAUGGCCACUUCUACCCCCAGACCAACCUGGUCCUCUAUGCCCUCUUCGCCUACACACGUGCAUCCUCCUGCGACGUCCUCGAAAGCUUCUAAGAGCGUUCCAAAGAGAACGCGAUCGAAGGUCACUUUCCAAGAAUGCCCGAUGACGCGAGGCAGUCUGCCAAAUCUGCGCUCGGAUUUGGUGACCGGCGAUAACAGCGGCGAUUCGACGGAAUCGUUGAUCGACGAGGCUGAGGAUUAUUUACGACGGAGCAUCGACUCGAUGCUGACGAUCUCCAGUAGCGGCGUCAGUUCCGAUUAUUGGAACCGACAGACAGCCAGGCGGAGACGCACGCGGCGAUACUCCGAGCCUGAUCUAAUCCGUGAUUGGCAUCCCCCGCAGGAUGCUAGACCGUACCUGCCAAAGAUACCAAGAGAUCUCAAGCUGGAUCAUCUCGUGAAGGUUAUAUCGCCGGAGGGUAAAGUUCUUCAAGGACGAGUGAGAUACGUCGGACCUGUACCAGGUCGAGAGGAAACGCACGUAGGUGUGGAGUUACCCUAUUUGAAUGGCUCCUCCGACGGCACAUUUCACGGUAGAAGAUUCUUCGAUUGCGAUCCCGGCCGUGCAAUCUUCGUUCCCUUCAAGAAAGUGAUCCUGGCCUGGUGCACUACUUGACCCGAACCGCCGACCAGCCUCACGACUCCCCGAAUUUUGCUGUCUCAGUACACCAUGUGAAUGGAAGAAGAAAACGAUGAAACACGUACGUACGCGCGAUCUCUGAUGGUUUCAAUAAGUACGUGACGCUCCUUUCCAUCGUGAUCAUCCACGAAGCUUCGCGUAAUGUACAAAAGCGGAGAAGGGUAAGUCGACGUGAGAAGGAGACGCUUCGAAAGCUUCGCGAAGGGAGGUUUGACGGUGGUCGAUACGGCCGACGUACGUCGCAAACUCCAAACAACGAUCGGAAUUCGAAUCGUGUAUUUCGUCGAUUUUAAGCCGAUUCGUGCGAAAUUCCAUCCGAAUUCCUUCUUUUCUCCGAUCGUGCGAAGUACGUUCGAUCGCAUCGGGAAACGGACCUCGUUUUCUCGCCGGUACCUUAAAACGUUAAAGUGUAACGAUAAAGACGAGAAGAGUUUCCGUUCUUUGAAAUUCGAAAAUAAAGAGUCGAUGGGAACGACAGAUAAAAUAAUAAUAAACGAUAAAUGCCAGCGUGCAACGAUCUACAUCGACGCGUGUACUUAGGAGAUGUUCUAGAUGUCUCGUUGCCGAUCUCUGCGAACGAUUUCCGCCUGAAAAUCGGUGAAUCAGUAUUAUAAUUGUCGCGCGGACCUGUAUGUUACAAACCGCGUGUAUCGUCGAAGAGAUGCACAAGAAGAUAAUCGCAUCGAUGGAUCUCUCGCGAUACUUCGCAUCGAUCGAUCCGUUCGUGAACGAUUCGAACUGAUAGCAAAGGGAGUGAUAGAGCGAGUUCUUAAGAAAAUAUUUAGAUUUAAGAAAGUUCGUCGUAAUACUAAUCUCUCGUCGUCGUAAUCGCAAUGAAGGACUCGUUAUUGUCAUUUACGAUCGUGUUUACCUGUUUCGCAUUAUCGUUUUUUCUUCUUCUUAAACGAAUGCACGUACACUUUGCAACGUAUGCGAUACGUUGAAAAGGAAAGAGAGGAAAACGCGUAUCCAAAGGAGAACACGUAGCACGAGUACGGUAGACAAAUACGAGACUAUUUUUAUAAUGCUCUUUGAGAUCGUAAGAUUUUAAUUGAAGAGGGGGAAAAGAAAUUCGCCGGAAGCGUUUUUUAAUUGUAGUUGUAGACUUGUUGUUAAUACGACUUUGAUGAAAGAAAUACAUUUCUUUUAGGCUCGAACGAAACGGGAAAAGCGGUAUAUAGGAGAAUAAACGAGAAUAUUUCAUAUUUGAUCGUUAGUUUCUUAACUUUGCAUUCGCGAUGUUUAACGGUCAACGAAAAUAAUUAAACAAGUGGAUAAUUAACGAGACAUUUUGGCCGGGAUAAUCGAUGAAAUUGUUUUCUACGGGAAAACUCGAAACGUUGUGAACUCGGACCGCUCGAUACGCGGCAGUCUACUUUCUGCAUUCGAUCGAUAUCGCGUAAAUGAUUCUUCAAGCCGUGUUUACUGCUUUUGCAUAAAUUUUGUGAUAAUUUUACGGAUAAACGUGAGAUCGUGUUCAUACCUUUAUCAAC